AGAGAUUAAACAGAAGUCAGUGGAAUGUCUGCAAUAAAGGCAGAAGAUGCAGCCAAUGGGAAGAGCACAGCUAACGGAGGAGGAGGAGCCAUGUAUGAAGAGGGAGGAGUUACAGUCCUCAGACCUACAGAUCUCUCUGAGAUGUUGGCUGCGGGAACCAAAGAAGUUCACGAGAAGGCAGAAAACACCCAGUUUGUGAAGGAUUUCCUGAGGGGACGAAUUCGUAAAGAGCUUUUUAAGCUUGGUCACGUGGCUUUAUACUUCACUUACGCUGCUAUGGAAGAGGAGAUCGAGAGAAAUAAAGAUCACCCACAGUUCGCUCCCCUCUACUUUCCCAACGAGCUCAAUCGUCGGGAUGCUCUGGCUCGGGAUCUGGAAUACUUCUACGGUGAAGACUGGGAAACUCAGAUCAGCUGCUCUCCGGCCACUGAACGUUACGUGAGUCGCAUCCACGAGAUCGGCCGGGAGGAUCCUGUGCUCCUGGUGGCUCACGCUUACACCCGCUAUAUGGGCGACCUCUCGGGCGGUCAGGUGUUGAGGAAGGUCGCCCAGCGGGCUAUGAAACUGCCGUCCACUGGAGAAGGGCUGAACUUCUAUCAGUUUGAUGGCAUCCACAACGCCAAAGCUUUUAAGCAGCUGUACCGUAGCCGUAUGAAUGAGCUGGAGCUGGACGUGACCACCAAAGAGAAGGUCGUGGAGGAAGCCAUCCGUGCCUUUAACUUUAAUAUGGAGGUUUUUGGGGAACUAGCCGAGGUUGGAAAAACCCUUCAGGAUGACGUUUUGGAUUCAGCUCCCGUUCAUGGUGAAAUGCAGGGAGACAUCAGCCAGUGUCCGUACUACGCUGCCAAAGCGGCUGCUUCUGGAGGAUCGGCUUGUAUUUUUCAAAUGGCCGUUAGCGUGCUCAAAAGUCCGUCCGGUCAAGUCCUGUUGGCUGCCUGGAUAGCCGCUUUAGCCGGAUUUGCUGCUUGGUACCUCAUGUGACCUGAUGAGAAGAGGACGUUGUCGGAUAUUAAUGAGAACCUUGCACAACAUUUAGUCCUGCCUGAUGGCCACAUAUCUGCUUUAAAACUGAGGCACCUUGAAACGAUUCAGUGCACCUCAUUUGCCGCCUGCUCGGGUAACUCUUAACAUUUACUCUUUAAGUGGUCUGUUUUGACAUUCUUUACUUUUAAAACUCAGUGUUCAUUUAAUAUGAAGUUAAGGGUGCAGAGCUGCAGGAAAAAAGCAGCGUUAUUUUUAUAGAGAAGUUUAUUGUAGUAGACUUGAGUACUAAGUCCAAACAUGGUACCGAAUGGAAAAACAAGAUCGAUUACAUCGUCAUUCAGUACUGUAAUUUAUUGCGCUAUUUAUUGCGUCCCCUUGGUGGGUUUUUUAAUACUGUAGUUAACUGUCUGUAUUGUAACGCAUCUGAUUGACUAGGUAUUGCAUUUCUCCUUUGUAUACACAUAAUAUUAAGUAUAGCUAUACAACGGGACCAGGCGCUUGCAAUGUCUUGACCAAACACUGCAUAAAAUAUUUAGAUUUGCAUUGACGAAAGACAUUUUCCAUAGCAUGAAACAUUGUAUGCGUUACUGCGGCAGUACAUCUUUAAUCGGCUAUCAAACGGUUAAUGAAAACAUUACAAGACAUUUUGCAGUAUAAACAGACUCAAAUUCAGAGUUCUGUUGCAACAAACCAUUGCAGAUUUUACAUCACUGAUAGCAAAUAUCUGAGACGGUUUUUACCACUGGCUGUCCCAUGUGGGAUAUUUAAAGCACAGAAUUACUAAUGGAUUAUGCAAUGGCAAUAAAAAAAACAUUGAAAACAGAAAAUGCAUUGCAUUUGUGUUUGUUGACAGGGUUGUUGGUAGAGUUUGGUAUCUGGGCACAGUAUGCAAUAGUCUGAUGGCUUAUAUAUAACUGUAUAUCAAUACUAUGUUUUACCAGGGAUCACACAACUAAAGAAACAUCAAUUUAAAAGUAUUUUAAAAGGAGCAAUACUGUAUUCGUACAACCGAUGAUGGCUAUUGCUUGCUGGGAAGCCAUUAUUUAGAGUAGUACCUUUCUCCAAAGGUGAUUUAUUGGUAUUAAACCAUUGAUCUGAUUUGAUAUUAUUAAUAUUAUUGGAUGCAAUAAUUCAUUAACACUUAACCCAUCACAUGUGCAAUGUUUGCCACAGCACUGUGAUAUAUACAGUAACACACUGAGGAUUGUGUACGUUAGACUGUAAGUGUGGACCAUAUGUGUUUUGAUGUAUGUAGCUUUAUAGAAAUAAGACCUAAUUAUACUGAUAAAAGAAAAUCGCAAAGUCGUCGGGUCUGUACAUGUAUGGCUUUAAACAGGGCUUGAUCUUUUUUAACCAAAAGGAAAACAGGAAACUUGCAAACUGUAAUCAAACAUUUCACAAUGUAUUUAAAGUAUUUUGCAUAAAUUGGUUUUACGAUAACUUAUUUUGUCUUUAGUUAUGAAAAAUUUCUUUUUAAAUCAAAGGACAGAAUUGUUGUUGGUUUAUCUGGACUGUGUUUGAAAUAGGAAACUACCUUACUAAAUGAAUGAUGCACAGGAUACACUAUAUUGCAUACUAUUGUCAAAAAUAGUAUAUGAAAGUAGGUUGUGUGCUACAUUGUUGACCUCAUCACAUGACGUGUGGCAUCCAGUUAU